AUGUCGAUGAAGUCCGGUUUCGCUCUUGGCAUCCUUGCGGCCACACUCGUUGCUGGUCGCACCCACAAUGACUGGAGCAAGCCUUGCUUCGAAGGUGAAUGUGCGUACGACAUACCCGACCACAAGCAGCAGUCGGGAGCCGUAAAGCUGUUCUCCAAACCUCAUGCCAUCGCGGAUAUCACUCCCGCUGCUGGAUGGGCGUAUUGGAUUGCGACCCUCAUGCCCUUUCCCAGGAUAUCCGCCUCGUCUGCAAAGGCGAUGACGCUGAGGGAUCUGGAUGCGCUCAUCUCUUCGGCGGUGCUGGACCAGUCGACAAACAUGUUCGACUUCCCGAGAGCAUUCUGGGUUCACGAAGACCAGUCUGUCUCUGAGCACCACGGGGUAACUCGCCGAGACAAUAGCGUACCCCAGGUUUAUGCUGUCAAUAUCGAUGACAAGUUCGACCAAGUUGACUAUUCCAAGCAUGGCGACGUGCACUUCGUCAUGUACGGUGCCAGUGUUCCUGGGGCCGAUAUCAAUUCUGCUAUACCCGAAGAUGUUUCAAACAUGGAUGCCGUAGGAGAAUUCAUCCAGAAGGCUGUCUCAGAGCUACAGGAUAGCAUAAAGACUCAGAGAAACCACCAUCUCCAAGCACGUACGACAUCAGGUGGCUGGAAAUUCACGAGCAUCAAGGCUUCCGUGUCCCCGUUCUCCCCAGAUGGACCACCAGAAAAGAUCCAUCUCAUUGCUCUUCCAAAAGGCAAAGACUUCAAGUCAAUUGUGAGUGCGCCUAAAGGAUGGGGCAGCGCCUCCGAGGCGUUCAGCUCAAUCGAGGUUAAAGGGCACGCGAUGUCAUGCCCGAUUGAAACAUUAGGCUCUAAAGCCAAGGGUGUGGAAACGAAAGUAGAGUUGGACAUCACUGGGACCAUAGAUACUUUUAUGUGGGGCCAAGGGCAAUGGGGUGGCUGCGGCUAUGGUAAAAACAAUAUCUUCUCGAACCUCCUUGGAUUCCUGGAAGACUUCACGUUGAAUGUCCGACACGAAAACAACAUCAACGUCGCGCUGAAGGGUUCUACUACUUGGUCUAAGGAAUUUGGCCCAUUCUCGGUCCCUCAAAUAACCGCAAUUAACUUUGGGGUGGGUCAAAUAGGUCUCCUAGGGGCCAUCAAGCUCGAGGCGAAGCUCUCCGCCGAAGCUUCUCUUCAGUUAACCAACAAGUUGCAAUAUGGGUUCAAUCACGCUACCAUUACGAUGCCGUCUAAGGAAAAAGGAGGAUUGAGACCAUACUUUAAUGCCACAGAGAUCGGGGCCAAGUUUGCUGGGGGCGCAAAGUCCAAGGUGUCUUUAGAAAUUGGCGUCACACCUAAGAUCAUGGUCGGCGCGAUGACUAUCAAAGGGGGAGCUAAAGCCGAUUCGUGGUUUGGUGUGGAGGUGAAAUUGACGGCAGAGGCUGAAGCAAGCAAGACGAUCUUCGAGAGUGGUGCGGCUCCGGGUCCUCCUAGCGGCACAGAGCUCGGAUACGUCGUCAAGAUCGGCGUCGACCCCCAUGUUGGAGUUGAGGCUAAGAUCGACUGGUCCUGGCUCAAAAGCUGGACCGGCUGGACGCCCGGCAUGGAAGUAAAGCACAGCCUUUGGAAGAAGGAAUGGCCACCCCUCGCCUGUGGAGGUUCGCUCUGCCCAAAGAAGCGCUCCGUCGGUGAUCGUGGCGAAGUAGCUAUGCGCUCCAUUGAUUAUACUCCCUUCAAUAGCGACCUAUCUAAACGUGGCAGUGGCGAACGUGGCAGUGGCAAGACUAGCGUCUCACCCAAGAGCACAUCGUUCACUUGCCCACCCAAAGAGUGGGGCGGUAAAGUAAAGGAGUUUGUUGGUGCUAUCGUUGACAUGAGCAAACUGGCCAAAGGUCUCGGCGCUGGUAUGUAG